AGUGUCAGCAGCACAGGGAGAAAUAUCUGCUGCCAGUAAGGAGCCCAGACAACGCCGUGGCCAGGAGAACCUUACCGUCUGACCCUCUAAUUAUAAUCGCUCUUAAUUGUGGUCCCAAUACUAAAAGCUCCAUAAUACGUCACAAAAGUUCAUGGCUAGGGACCCCCUUUCCUGGUCACCCUCGGUCUUCGUGUAUAUGGAUGCUACUGUCAAUAUCGGACUCUCCCCGUCGGAGCUCUUGAUGUAAUUACAACAUCCGUUUCAAAUAGAGCAAGCCUUUCUACCGGGGCAUCGAGCAAUCGUGGGGAUUCCACUUUCCGCUAUGUUUAUGAGGUAACACAUCCCCCGUUCGGAGAAUCCGGAGAGAAGCAAACGCAUCAUCUUGUGUUUUGUAUUUCACCGCUGCCAAAUAAUGAGCCUGGGCUUAACCUGACAAUGCUUCCAGACCGGAGCCUGAUGUCUGUUCCCCCCUUAGUCUGUAACGAUGAAGAUCUCCCUCAGUUUCAUCUAUAAGGAAAAAUCAUUCAUGACGGGUUUGGGAUCUAGACAAUAGGAGCUCUUCUUUUCUUUUCUACUACUGCUUUUUUGUGUCUGGGGUCAUUUCUGGAGUAUUUUUUACCUUAAGAUAAAUCAGGAGGAAUGAACCGGCGGUUGGUUAACAUCUUGACAGCAUUCCUUGCAUUAUGCUUUGAGAUCGAUAACUUAAGGUCGGCUUACUGUAAGGAGCAUGACACCAGGUCUGGGAAAUCUCCACCCCAGAGCAUGUCCCCUUCUGAUUUUUUGGACAAACUGAUGGGAAGGACGUCUGGAUAUGAUGCAAGAAUUAGACCAAACUUUAAAGGUCCUCCAGUAAACGUUACUUGCAAUAUUUUUAUAAACAGUUUUGGAUCCGUCACAGAGACCACAAUGGACUACCGAGUGAAUAUUUUUUUGAGACAGCAGUGGAACGACCCGAGACUCUCUUAUAGUGAAUACCCAGACGACUCCUUGGAUUUGGAUCCUUCCAUGUUGGAUUCUAUUUGGAAGCCUGAUUUAUUUUUUGCUAAUGAGAAGGGAGCGAACUUCCAUGAUGUCACAACGGACAACAAGCUACUGAGAAUUUUUAAAAACGGAAAUGUAUUGUACAGUAUAAGAUUAACGUUAACAUUGUCUUGUCCAAUGGAUCUGAAGAAUUUUCCUAUGGAUGUACAAACAUGUGCGAUGCAGUUGGAGAGCUUUGGAUACACAAUGAAUGACCUUAUAUUUGAGUGGCUGAGUAAUAGUCCGGUGCAAGUUGCUGAUGGUUUAACAUUGCCGCAGUUCAUUCUAAAAGAGGAAAAUGAACUUGGAUACUGCACAAAGCACUACAACACAGGAAAGUUUACAUGCAUUGAGGUUAAGUUUCACCUGGAACGUCAGAUGGGAUAUUACUUGAUACAGAUGUACAUCCCCAGCUUACUUAUUGUCAUCUUAUCCUGGGUGUCCUUCUGGAUUAAUAUGGAUGCUGCUCCAGCCAGAGUUGCUUUGGGAAUUACAACUGUCCUAACAAUGACUACUCAGAGCUCAGGCUCAAGAGCCUCUCUUCCAAAGGUUUCCUAUGUGAAAGCAAUUGACAUCUGGAUGGCUGUUUGCCUGUUGUUCGUGUUUGCUGCUUUACUGGAAUAUGCAGCUGUGAAUUUUGUCUCAAGGCAACACAAGGAAUUUCUGAGACUUCGCAGGAGGCAAAAAAGACAAAGCAAGGAAGAUGACAUGGUCCGGGAGAGUCGUUUUAACUUUAGUGGAUAUGGGAUGGGGCACUGCCUACAAGUGAAAGAUGGCGCUGCAGUGAAAACUGCUCCACCCCCCCUUCCCCCUCCUCCUCCACCAAAGGAUGCUGAGUCCAUCAAGAAGAAGUUUGUUGAUCGAGCAAAACGGAUUGAUACCAUAUCCCGGGCUGCCUUUCCACUGGCCUUUCUUAUUUUUAACAUCUUUUACUGGAUUACAUAUAAAAUCAUACGGCACGAGGAUGUACACAAGAAAUAA